UGCCAUAAGCUUUACUCCACGAAUAAUAAGCUGCCGCAGUUGCAAGCUGCUGCUGCGAGUAAUGUGACUUGCGCCAUCUUGACCCACCGACCGGAAAUGGCUAGCAGGAUUCCUCUUCUGCUGGCCCUGCUAUGUGUUCUGGGCGCUUCCGUAAGUACUGCCCAGACGCCCUGCGCGGAGUUGGCUAAGACCGGCGCGGCAUCAGUCCUGGAUGUCCUUGCCGCAUGCCCGGAGUUGUCUACAACCUAUAAGCUGCUAAAACAGGCUCCAGAGGACUUUCACGAGUGGCUGCUCGGGUGCAAACCCGGCAGCAGCUGCUCAGAUGAUUCGGGUCCAGGCCGAACGCUGUUCCUGCCAACUGAUGAGGCAUGGGACAAGUUCUUCGCUGAACAAGAUGCUUCGGGCCUGCCGCCACCGGAUGCUGAGAGCCUGGCAGGCUUAAUGCUGGGCCAUGCUCUGGGCGAGGCGCUGACCGCCGCAGACUUCCCCCUCGGCAAGAUGGCGAAGUACCCGACACUCCUGUCAUCGGACCAGGCCCCAAUUGGUGUGCAACGGCAGGACGACGGGUCGCUGGUGGUGGUGUCCUCGGGCGACAGCAAGGGCACCUCGGUGGUCACGGAUAUCCGGGCGGGGAGGAAGGUGGUCAUCCACAUCAUCAUUGUCGUACUGGUCCCCUUCCCCUGGCCGUUUCCCUGGCCAUGCUUCUGGUUCUGGAAGUGGAGGUGUCCGCCGCCGCCACCGCCGCCGCUUAAGAAGCCACCGCCGCCGCCGCCACCAAUUAUCGUGAAAAAAGAUCAAUGGAGGCCGCCGCCGCCGCCGCCAAAAACCGAUUUGAGCCCUCCGCCGCCGCCUCCCAAAGAUCAAUGGAGGCCACCGCCGCCUCCUCCCAAAGAUCAAUGGAAGCCGCCGCCACCGCCGCCAAAAACCGAUUUGAGCCCGCCGCCGCCGCCUCCCAAAGAUCAAUGGAGGCCGCCGCCGCCGCCCACCAACUUGAAGCCGUUCAUCCCCAGAGAUCCCCUGUGGCCCUCCAGGCCCUUGGCGCCGUCCAUCCCUGGACGUCCGGAUUUUCCGGUAAUGUACGAGAUGCCUGGGCGGCCUGUUCUGUUGGCACCACGCCGGCCGCUCAGGCCGUCGCCGCCAAGGCCACCCCGGCCGCCGUGCAUUUUUAAGGGUUGCGACCCCACGCGGUGAUCUUUGAAAUGUUUGUCAUGGAUGUUAUUCGUUCCACAAACUUUAAAUGGCAAAACAGGAGUUAAGGUUGCGCAAAAGAGCCUUAGCAUUGCGAGGUGGACUUGACCGCUUAGGUCAUCUGGUAUUAGUGGUGGUGGUGGAAUGUACGGCGUUGUUUAGCUGUACGGCGCACGGAGCCUGUUGGGCAGUGUCGCACGGAUCCGGAGGUUGGUUGGGCCAGUUGGCUGCCCUGAUAGCCAGGAACCUCCUAAUUGCGGGGCGAGUGACGGUUAUUGGCACGUUACCUCCGAUCUGUUGUGCAUGUCGGUUGGUUGUUGGGCGGUUAACCUACCACGUAACUAGAUCCAUUGCCCAGCUGCAGCCAAACAGCAGGUAGGUAGGUACGGUUACAAUACCGUUGAAAUUGGACUAGCUGCGAUGAUGAUGAUGAUGAUGAUGAUGAUGGUGGUGGUGGUGGUGAUGGAUUACCAUGAUGAUGAUGAUGAUGAUGAUAAUGGUGGUGGUGCUGGUGAUGAUGAUGAUAAUGGUGGCGGUGCUGGUGAGGAUGAGGGGUUAUUAUGUUACACGUUUUGUGUCGUACGUUUUGCUCGAAAAGGAGAAGACACAGUAAUGCAUGAACGUCAGUCCUAUGCAAGUAUUUCUCCGUAUAGGCCCGUUUCCCUGAUGAUAAUUGAUCGCCUCUUUUGUUUUUCUCAAAUCCUGACUCGCAUACAUGUCAAGUAGCUUUUUACGUAAUUCAUAGCAAAUACAUAUCAAGUAGCACCAAGCUGGUUAGCGUUUUUAUUAUGUACGGCAAUCCACGCUUAUUAAAAUGUUUUAGUUACCCCCAUCUUACACAUCUUGCGUGUCAAGAUGUAAAUUACAAUGUGUCUCAUUAUUCAAGGUCGUCUAGGAGGGAUGCGAUGGUGCACGGUGGCGGCGACUGCUGUCCAGCCGCGAACUAAAGUCCCAUCUGCACGGCUCACGACAUGUACCCGAUAAGCGCAUGGACCGAAGGGCUGUUAGGUAUGCAAUCGGCGGGGCCUUGAGCGACGGUCGGGCUCCUGCGGGUGCGCCGUAGCUUAACUCUCAUAUGGCGCGAAGACACAUUCCUGCGCAUGCGACAGACGACUGUAACCGUAUUAAUAUC